GUAAGACAGUUUUCUUAUUAAAUGUGUCAAUAAUCAAGAAACUAUAAUCUUACUUAAAAAUGCGAUUAUGGUUUGGGAAAUUUUUAUGGAAAAUAUAUCUUCUAAAAACGCUUUUUGUCAUACUCCUUGCAGUAACAACGAUACUCUUUAUCAGCCCAUUACCUACGAAGAUAUUCAAGAAAGAAAAAUACAUUCAUUCAACGUUUGAAGAAGAAAAUUUACUGACAGCAAAUGUUGGAUGCGUGAUUUCCAACGCCAGCGUGGACGACAUAUAUUCAUCAUUAAAUGUAAUCCAAACUACUAAGGUCGCAACUUGUCCACCAGCUUUAUUGACAUCAGGAGUGUCUUCGCUGUUUUUGAAAGAAAAAUCUACUGUUGAUACUCUCAACUUUAACUGUUGUUAUUUUGCUGGACACAAAGAACAAGAAAAUAUUAAUUGUACUGGUAUUAAUUUAAGUAAACCAAUGGUGGUAAAUGAUGAAUUUAUAACUGUGAAAUGUUUCUCUAAUGGAAAACAAAAAGUGUUCGAAGAUUAUUUUACUUUCGUUCCACUAGAAACACAUACGUCAUUGACAGUUGAAAGAAAUGUGCCAAACAUUCUAAUCAUUCUCCUAAAAGACAUUUCAACAAAUGAGUUUCAAAAACAUAUGCCAAGUACGUACAAAUUCUUUAAAGACAGGCCAUCGAAUGCGAUCGAAUUCCUUGCUUUUCAACCAUCAAAGGAAACUGUACAAAAACUUUUGUUUUAUUUUAAUAAUAAGCAACACAGAGAUGAUCAAUUUGUUACUUUACAUUCGAUUUGGAGAGAUUUUCAGAAGUGGGGAUAUAAAGUAGCAGUAGCUGAUAAUAUGAAUGAUGAAACUCCUUUUGGUACUGAAAGCGCGUCACCGAAUUAUAAUCCAAAACAAUUCUGGAGUAAAAGAAUUUCGACCGGGCUCAAUCCCGGAACACUUUGUAUUGGUUCUAAACAACCCGACGAUAUCCUCCUUGAGUAUAUCCUGAAAUUUACGACAACCAUGAAAGAACAUAAUGCACCUUAUUUUGGAUUUUUCCGAGAAAUGUAUGUCAGUACGUACAAAGACAAUUUACUACUAAGCGCUGAUAAAAAAUUUCGAUCAUUAUUUGACAAUCUUUACGAAUCCGGGGCACUAAAAAAUACAUUCCUAUUCUUUUUGAGUGAAGUCGACUUUAAAAAAGAGUAUCGUCCUAAAAAUCCAUUCUUUUGGCUACUAGUACCAGAUGGUUUCACAAAAUCUGAGAGAAACUCAUUCAUCAACAUGCAAAUUAAUUCAAGAGCUUUGAUCACAGUGCACGAUAUCACCGUAACAUUGAAAGAUUUGCUGAAACUUUAUACCGACUUCAAACCUGCGUUUCAGGAUAAUUUCAGCUUAUUAACACCGAUUACAAAUCUAAGGAGUUGCGACUUAUCCCACAUUCCUGUCGACACUUGUGUCUGUUUUCCCAUAAAGUAUCAAAUAAGUAACCAAUUAUUACUUGAAGUGAACCAGUACGUAAUUAAUUACUUAAAUUACGAGCUCAAAAGAUACCCGGAAUCUUCCAAAAAAUGCCCACCAUUUGUCACGUUUGAGGUACUUUAUGGAUUUAGUCAUGAAGCACCGGCUUCCAAGAUUUUAAACGGAAAACGUUACAUUACCAUAGUGUUUAAUACCAACUUCAAUGUGCCUUACUGGGCCAUUGUAAAGCAAAUUGGUACAGAUAAUACUAAAAUUUUUAGCAUAGUGGAUAGCGUCAAGCUUUAUGAACCAAAACGUGGAGAAAUAGCAACUUCUUGUUUAACUAUAAACACACAACUUGAUGAUUAUUGCCAUUGUUAAAGAGAAUUUUGAAUGUGUUGUAUGAAUGUUAUAUGCUA